UUUACAUUGAAUGAAAGCAGAUUUUGUGGAGGGUGCCCUCUGGUGGCCUAACUUAAAAACUCACAGUGAUGACCCAUAAUGCACUUCUCCGUUUUUUCCCAUCAUUCUCAGCAACAGAUCUCCGGUCACGAUGGCGGACAGACCAGUUCCCGUGGUGGAGAAGCGCCUGAUGGAUGUGAAACUGGGAGAGCUGGGAACCUGGCUGGGAGGACGAGACUUCACCCCUAACGGCAUCAUCCAGGCCAUCCGCCGAGGCCACGACAGAUACUACAACAAGUACAUCAAUGUGAAGAAGGGGGGCAUUGGCGGCGUGGCCAUGCUUUUGGCUGGAUACGUGGCCAUCAGCUACUUGUGGGAAUACGACCACAUAAAACACGACCGCUGGAGGAAGUACCACUGAGUCCCAGCAGCCGUCUGACCAUCAGGGGUGGAACUUCACAUCCUGGCACCCCCCCCUGCUUCUUCUACUCUCAGCUGUGUUGAUAAUGUGUGACUGUUGUGACCAAUUAAAGAAAAUACCAGUUUCA